AUGCCGGGCGGGGCUGGGAGAUUUUUCGACUUUCUGCAGAAGAAGAACCCCCGGAAGACAUACAAGCACCCGCUCUACGACAUUCCACUGCCAGUGUCUUUCCUGAACAGCUGCCUCCUGCUCAAUCUCCAUUGCGUCGACUCGGUGGACGACCCGGUCCAGCAGCGAGUGCGCGGUUAUAUCUUGUCGUGUGAUGCAUCGCUUGGCGAGAGAAAUUACUGCGCGACUGUGCUGCGCGCCGUGUUGGUGGUGCACGCCACGCGGCAUUGCGAACGCGCGGCCUGCGUCGAGGGGAAGUCCUUGCUCUCGGAGGCUGACAUCCUCGGGUGCUUCGUGGCUGGGCGGGGCAACCGCGACCCCAGUCUCGUCCGGCGGAGCACCAGCGAAGGAGUUUUUUCCUGCGGGAGCAAGUCGGAGUGCCUCCUGCUGGUGGGGAGAUCCAACGUCCUCGACACUCUCCCCGGCGGCGACUACGCCGAUGGCUUCGAGCGCAGCGUCGACCUGCUGCUGCGCUUCUUGUCCGACAAGUCGGCGGGGGACGCGGCGCUCUUAGAUGAGAUCAUCUAUGCCAACUUCCGCGGGUUCGGCGGGCUGGGCAACGACGCCGACGGAGGGGUGUCCGGGUUCGUCGCGAAGAACGUGUCAGCGCGUGUGGCCAGGGACGGGCACGUGGCCAUGUACGCCGCCGUGAAGAUCCGGCUGGAGGAUGUGCGCCUGCGGUACGGCGACGCUGCUGCCUGCCUGGCCGACGUCGACUUCAUGGUUCCCCAAGACAACUCAUGCAAGCUCGUGGAGGUUUUGCAAACGAGCACGACGGGAAACCUCUACGGCAAGGGGCGCGGCAGCGCGCUGUUGGCGCACGGCGUGGAGAAGAGGGCGGCGGCCCCUGCUGGCGACUCGGGCGACGAGAGCGAGCCGCGUUGA